GUAACUUCGCGCGAAUUCGGUUACGUUCUGUAACCAAGGUUGUAUCCUGGCACGAUCUCGGUAUCCUUUCGAUGCCACGAGAUCGCCAGCAAAUAUAACUCGACUUGGUCCAUUAAUUGCCUUCUGAUAUUUGGCUUCUCGGGGAUUUUAUGGAGUCAUUUGGAACGAGCUUCUUACGCCUUCUGAUCUAUUUGGCACGUGUUUCUUGGUAGCGGUGUUCAUAGUUAAUCUCAACUCGACGCCACGCUACAAUUGGUGACCCGUAUUUUGGAACACGCCUCUGCUUCUGGUCAAAUCUUCCAAAGAAGCCAAUUCGGUGAGUCUAUGAUUUAUCUAUCCACGUCUGUCGUAUAUUUUCAUAUUUAAUAUAUAAUAUACUCGACAUGACGGAUAACGAUAAGAAUAGUAUUAAUAUAAUAGACUCACAUGUAUGUGUACCGAAUCCUUGUUACUUUUUAUUCGCGUGACGAUGAAUUCCACGCUUUAUUCGAGAAAUUUUCCCCUAUUAACUAUUCUCCUCGCUGACCCGGCUGCUUGGUACGGAAUGCAUUCGCAUACGCAUUAACGUCUACCUCCCAGCAUCAAAUGGUUAAGUUGAACGGUUUCAUUGCCAACUUAAAAGUGCUCUACGAGCACACGAGAACGACAACUGGUACGAAACCUUAUCGCUCGUCCUCUUAGGUAUUCGAACGAGCUUGAAGGCAGAUAUACAAUGUUCCGCCGCUGAAAUGGUAUACGGCACGACAUUGCGUCUGCCCGGAGAAUUCUUCACACCACGGAGCAGACCUAAUUUCGGUAAAUCAGACAACGUCCGUCGACUGUCUGCAUUUAUGUGAACGCUGUCUCCGGUGUCAACUCGAAUACAACAUCGACAGGUCGCUCUCCCUCGAGAGUUAUCUACCUGUUCACAUGUUUUUGUACGAGUAGAUUCGGUACGCAAACCUUGGCAACAACCUUACGAAGGCCCUUUUCACGUGAUCGCUCGUCACGAAAAGACCUUCAAGGUUGAUCGAUAUGGACGCGUCGAGAUCGUCAGCGUUGAUCGUCUCAAACCAGCACACGUCGAUGACAGUGCCCUAUCUGGUAACCUGAGAUUCAAUGCUAGACCUAUUAAACCUAGCGGGAUCCUUAAAUCUUCUUCAGGUCCCACGCUAGAUACAUCUGAGACCUCAUUCUCACGUCCCGGUCAACAGCACGCGUCAUCUGCACCGUCUACGGACGAGACGAUAGUCUCAUGUCCAGAUCAGCAGACCACGCCGCCCUUGACUUCGGAUGAGAUUGCAGGCUCACGCGACGCGAACGAGACUAUCGUCUCACGUUCCGGUCGCCGAGUACGGUUACCCGUACGCUUCCGCGACUAGUCGCACAGUUAACAACCGAUACGGUGUAGGAUUAUUCCUAUACUACACGCAUGCUACACUCUUCUUUUUUGAUUUUCUUUUUGUUUCCUGAGCCCACGCCUUCGACCACCUCCGUUUGGUUCCGUCGACUUCAGUCAACUUUGGCGAAAGCUGGCCUGAUCACCCAUGCUCUUGUCAACGCACUCAGUCGAUAUAUUGGUUUCGAAUGCUUGGCAUACGCUUGGUCUCGAACUUGGUCGUUACGGUCGCUUCUGGUCUUUUGGCUCAACGUGGUUUCGUCCUUCGUCUGCAGCGUUUCUGGUCCGCUUUCCCCACGAACGCAAUCUUCAGAUUCUGGAUACAAACCACUCUGGUGUAGCAUGCCAACUCAAGCAAUAAAUACAACACAUCGCUCCUGGUACCGUUCUCCGAAAACGACCUUCGUUGGCAACUCGACGAUCAACGAUCGCUUUCCUGUUCGCCAAUUCUUCCGUCCUACAAUCGCUCGUCAGCCGAUCAGUCCCACGAUUCAAACCGCUAUUUAUCGAAAGUGUAAACCCUUUCUAGCGGGGGCUCCUGUAGUGACUCACAUUUAUCACGAGAACACGACUGGUUUAAUAAAAACAAUUAUUAUUAUAACCAACUGUACCAGUGUUUGUUUUAAUGUGCUUUUGUUUGACUGUGCUAAUGACAGCUAUUUUGUGCUUCCAUUCUUAUACUGACACUUCGAUUGUAACUUCGCGCGAAUUCGGUUACGUUCUGUAACCAAGGUUGUAUCCUGGCACGAUCUCGGUAUCCUUUCGAUGCCACGAGAUCGCCAGCAAAUAUAACUCGACUUGGUCCAUUAAUUGCCUUCUGAUAUUUGGCUUCUCGGGGAUUUUAUGGAGUCAUUUGGAACGAGCUUCUUACGCCUUCUGAUCUAUUUGGCACGUGUUUCUUGGUAGCGGUGUUCAUAGUUAAUCUCAACUCGACGCCACGCUACAAUUGGUGACCCGUAUUUUGGAACACGCCUCUGCUUCUGGUCAAAUCUUCCAAAGAAGCCAAUUCGGUGAGUCUAUGAUUUAUCUAUCCACGUCUGUCGUAUAUUUUCAUAUUUAAUAUGUAAUAUACUCGACAUGACGGAUAACGAUAAGAAUAGUAUUAAUAUAAUAGACUCACAUGUAUGUGUACCGAAUCCUUGUUACUUUUUAUUCGCGUGACGAUGAAUUCCACGCUUUAUUCGAGAAAUUUUCCCCUAUGGACUAUUCUCCUCGCUGAACCGGCUGCUUGGUACGGAAUGCAUUCGCAUACGCAUUAACGUCUACCUCCCAGUAUCAAAUGGUUAAGUUGAACGGUUUCAUUGCCAACUUAAAAGUGCUCUACGAGCACACGAGAACGACAACUGGUACGAAACCUUAUCGCUCGUCCUCUUAGGUAUUCGAACGAGCUUGAAGGCAGAUAUACAAUGUUCCGCCGCUGAAAUGGUAUACGGCACGACAUUGCGUCUGCCCGGAGAAUUCUUCACACCACGGAGCAGACCUAAUUUCGGUAAAUCAGACAACGUCCGUCGACUGUCUGCAUUUAUGUGAACGCUGUCUCCGGUGUCAACUCGAAUACAACAUCGACAGGUCGCUCUCCCUCGAGAGUUAUCUACCUGUUCACAUGUUUUUGUACGAGUAGAUUCGGUACGCAAACCUUUGCAACAACCUUACGAAGGCCCUUUUCACGUGAUCGCUCGUCACGAAAAGACCUUCAAGGUUGAUCGAUAUGGACGCGUCGAGAUCGUCAGCGUUGAUCGUCUCAAACCAGCACACGUCGAUGACAGUGCCCUAUCUGGUAACCUGAGAUUCAAUGCUAGACCUAUUAAACCUAGCGGGAUCCUUAAAUCUUCUUCAGGUCCCACGCUAGAUACAUCUGAGACCUCAUUCUCACGUCCCGGUCAACAGCACGCGUCAUCUGCACCGUCUACGGACGAGACGAUAGUCUCACGUCCAGAUCAGCAGACCACGCCGCCCUUGACUUCGGAUGAGAUGGCAGGCUCACGCGACGCGAACGAGACUAUCGUCUCACGUUCCGGUCGCCGAGUACGGUUACCCGUACGCUUCCUCGACUAGUCGCACAGUUAACAACCGAUACGGUGUAGGAUUACUCCUAUACUACACGCAUGCUACACUCUUCUUUUUUUGAUUUUCUUUUUGUUUCCUGAGCCCACGCCUUCGACCACCUCCGUUUGGUUCCGUCGACUUCAGUCAACUUUGGCGAAAGCUGGCCUGAUCACCCAUGCUCUUGUCAACGCACUCAGUCGAUAUAUUGGUUUCGAAUGCUUGGCAUACGCUUGGUCUCGAACUUGGUCGUUACGGUCGCUUCUGGUCUUUUGGCUCAACGUGGUUUCGUCCUUCGUCUGCAGCGUUUCUGGUCCGCUUUCCCCACGAACGCAAUCUUCAGAUUCUGGAUACAAACCACUCUGGUGUAGCAUGCCAACUCAAGCAAUAAAUACAACACAUCGCUCCUGGUACCGUUCUCCGAAAACGACCUUCGUUGGCAACUCGACGAUCAACGAUCGCUUUCCUGUUCGCCAAUUCCUCCGUCCUGCAAUCGCUCGUCAGCCGAUCAGUCCCACGAUUCAAACCGCUAUUUAUCGAAAGUGUAAACCCUUUCUAGCGGGGGCUCCUGUAGUGACUCACAUUUAUCACGAGAACACGACUGGUUUAAUAAAAACAAUUAUUAUUAUAACCAACUGUACCAGUGUUUGUUUUAAUGUGCUUUUGUUUGACUGUGCUAAUGACAGCUAUUUUGUGCUUCCAUUCUUAUACUGACACUUCGAUUGUAACUUCGCGCGAAUUCGGUUACGUUCUGUAACCAAGGUUGUAUCCUGGCACGAUCUCGGUAUCCUUUCGAUGCCACGAGAUCGCCAGCAAAUAUAACUCGACUUGGUCCAUUAAUUGCCUUCUGAUAUUUGGCUUCUCGGGGAUUUUAUGGAGUCAUUUGGAACGAGCUUCUUACGCCUUCUGAUCUAUUUGGCACGUGUUUCUUGGUAGCGGUGUUCAUAGUUAAUCUCAACUCGACGCCACGCUACAAUUGGUGACCCGUAUUUUGGAACACGCCUCUGCUUCUGGUCAAAUCUUCCAAAGAAGCCAAUUCGGUGAGUCUAUGAUUUAUCUAUCCACGUCUGUCGUAUAUUUUCAUAUUUAAUAUGUAAUAUACUCGACAUGACGGAUAACGAUAAGAAUAGUAUUAAUAUAAUAGACUCACAUGUAUGUGUACCGAAUCCUUGUUACUUUUUAUUCGCGUGACGAUGAAUUCCACGCUUUAUUCGAGAAAUUUUCCCCUAUGGACUAUUCUCCUCGCUGAACCGGCUGCUUGGUACGGAAUGCAUUCGCAUACGCAUUAACGUCUACCUCCCAGUAUCAAAUGGUUAAGUUGAACGGUUUCAUUGCCAACUUAAAAGUGCUCUACGAGCACUCGAGAACGACAACUGGUACGAAACCUUAUCGCUCGUCCUCUUAGGUAUUCGAACGAGCUUGAAGGCAGAUAUACAAUGUUCCGCCGCUGAAAUGGUAUACGGCACGACAUUGUGUCUGCCCGGAGAAUUCUUCACACCACGGAGCAGACCUAAUUUCGGUAAAUCAGACAACGUCCGUCGACUGUCUGCAUUUAUGUGAACGCUGUCUCCGGUGUCAACUCGAAUACAACAUCGACAGGUCGCUCUCCCUCGAGAGUUAUCUACCUGUUCACAUGUUUUUGUACGAGUAGAUUCGGUACGCAAACCUUUGCAACAACCUUACGAAGGCCCUUUUCACGUGAUCGCUCGUCACGAAAAGACCUUCAAGGUUGAUCGAUAUGGACGCGUCGAGAUCGUCAGCGUUGAUCGUCUCAAACCAGCACACGUCGAUGACAGUGCCCUAUCUGGUAACCUGAGAUUCAAUGCUAGACCUAUUAAACCUAGCGGGAUCCUUAAAUCUUCUUCAGGUCCCACGCUAGAUACAUCUGAGACCUCAUUCUCACGUCCCGGUCAACAGCACGCGUCAUCUGCACCGUCUACGGACGAGAUGAUAGUCUCACGUCCAGAUCAGCAGACCACGCCGCCCUUGACUUCGGAUGAGAUGGCAGGCUCACGCGACGCGAACGAGACUAUCGUCUCACGUUCCGGUCGCCGAGUACGGUUACCCGUACGCUUCCUCGACUAGUCGCACAGUUAACAACCGAUACGGUGUAGGAUUACUCCUAUACUACACGCAUGCUACACUCUUCUUUUUUUGAUUUUCUUUUUGUUUCCUGAGCCCACGCCUUCGACCACCUCCGUUUGGUUCCGUCGACCUCAGUCAACUUUGGCGAAAGCUGGCCUGAUCACCCAUGCUCUUGUCAACGCACUCAGUCGAUAUAUUGGUUUCGAAUGCUUGGCAUACGCUUGGUCUCGAACUUGGUCGUUACGGUCGCUUCUGGUCUUUUGGCUCAACGUGGUUUCGUCCUUCGUCUGCAGCGUUUCUGGUCCGCUUUCCCCACGAACGCAAUCUUCAGAUUCUGGAUACAAACCACUCUGGUGUAGCAUGCCAACUCAAGCAAUAAAUACAACACAUCGCUCCUGGUACCGUUCUCCGAAAACGACCUUCGUUGGCAACUCGACGAUCAAUGAUCGCUUUCCUGUUCGCCAAUUCCUCCGUCCUGCAAUCGCUCGUCAGCCGAUCAGUCCCACGAUUCAAACCGCUAUUUAUCGAAAGUGUAAACCCUUUCUAGCGGGGGCUCCUGUAGUGACUCACAUUUAUCACGAGAACACGACUGGUUUAAUAAAAACAAUUAUUAUUAUAACCAACUGUACCAGUGUUUGUUUUAAUGUGCUUUUGUUUGACUGUGCUAAUGACAGCUAUUUUGUGCUUCCAUUCUUAUACUGACACUUCGAUUGUAACUUCGCGCGAAUUCGGUUACGUUCUGUAACCAAGGUUGUAUCCUGGCACGAUCUCGGUAUCCUUUCGAUGCCACGAGAUCGCCAGCAAAUAUAACUCGACUUGGUCCA